AUGGCGAGUACAUCACAAGCGAAGCGGCAAAAACGGUCUCAUAAUCAAGAUCACAUCGAAAUUGAAGACCGUGUAGGUGGAAGUUUCGAUGCGAUUUUCAUUCCCGAAUCAAAUGAUUCUGGAGAUUCUGGAGAUUCUGGCUCCGAUUCUGAAUCAGAAAAUUCCCCAAAUUUCAUUGAUGAAAUUGAAAACGAUCCGAGUACUGCAAUUCCAAAAACGUCCUAUCAAAAGAUUUUGAAUAAUUAUGAAGAAGACCAAUCAAAGUUGGAGCCAGAUCAUAAUUAUAUUUGGGAGGAUGGAGAGAAAAAAUAUUACGAAUUUCCUAAAAACGAGAUUCUACUUCCUGGUUCCUCAAGAGAAGUUAUCCGCAAUGCUUCUAAUACUCAGUUGUUCGAGUUUUUUUUUUCUGAAGAAUUGAAAAACUUCAUAGUAGAAGCUACUCGCGAGAAUAAUUUCAAUAUGACAUCGAAUGAUUUGGAUGUUUUUUUGGGAAUAAUUAUAUUGUCAAUUUUCAAUGAGAGAAAAUCCCUAAGGGACUACUGGUCUCUAGAUCCCUUGUUGAUAUGCAAUCCCAUCGCUGAAGCAAUGAGUCGCAACGAAUUUUUGAAAAUAAAAUCAAAAAUAAAAUUAUCGAAAACCCAGUGUAGAGAUGUUGAUGACAGAGCUUGGAGAGUAAGAAAAGUUCUUGAUAUUUUCAGAAAAAACAUUCUCCAGUUCGGGUUUUUCUCCACAGCUCUAUCUAUCGACGAGAUGAUGGUAAAAUUCCAUGGAAGAACUAUUUUACAGCAGUUCAUAGCCAACAAGCCGGAGCGUUUUGGAAUAAAAAUGUGGGGCAUUUGCAGCGCAGAUGGAUUUUUAUUCGAUUGCGAUAUUUAUUGUGGCAAGGGUUCAAACAUUUAUUCCGCGAACAAAGAAACCAAAUUGAAAAAAUGUGCCUUGGGGAGUCGUGUCGUUAUGCAGAUGGUUCAAAAUCUGCUUACAUCGGUUGUUCCAAAAAAAAUAAUAAAGUAUCAUUUAUACUUUGAUAAUUUUUUUACCAACCCCGACCUACUGAUUCAUCUAAAAAAUCUUGGUUUGAGAGCGACAGGUACUGUGAGAGCAAAAAGAGUAAAAGUGAAAAAUGAUUUGGAUCAGAAGGUAGAGAGGGGUACAUUUUCUGCGAAGCACGAAAAAAAUAGUGGCAUGAACUUCAUCACUGUGAUGGAUUCGAAGCCGGUAUCAUUGCUCUCAACAAUCUCCGGUGUCACGCCGCUAUCAACAGUGAAACGGUUUUCCCGACAGGAAACGGCUUCAACACAUUUACCUUUCCCUUCAGCGUUCACGGGGUACAAUAACGACGGCACAAAAGUAGGGAGUAAAGAAGUAGGACUCGAAAUCGCGAGAAACUAUCUUGCAAAGGGCGGAAAGAAAAAUAAGAUAGCACACAAGAGUAUCACUGUAAAAUUGAAAAAGUGCUGUGAACACUAUCACAAGAACGCAGAAAAUGUGUAUGAACUGCAACGUUUAUCUAUGUUCCACCUGCUUUACGCUCGUCCAUACCAAAAAAAAAUAGUCUUUGGUUCAUUGGCAGGGGAAUAG